AUGUCGACUCAGGACAAGCCUGCCUAUCAUGCUGACGAAGCUAAAGUACAAACUCAUGAUAAAACAAAUAAUUUGCUGGGAAAGGCUUAUGAUACGGCCGCAGAAGCCAAGGACAAGACUGCCAAGACUGCUCAGGCAGCAAAGGAUCAUGUAGUAGAAGGGAAGGAUAAUGUUGGUAGCUAUCUGCAGCAUGCUGGAGAUAAAAUUAAGAGUGCUGCUCAGGGAACUACAGAAGCUGUUAAGAACAUUUUGGGCCUUGGAGAGCAAAAAUAA